GACAGAAGAACCCGGUUCAGUCCAGGGAGGUGCACCUCGAGGUAAGAUGCAACAUCAAACCCAACGUUCAAGAUCCAGAGAUUCCUGAUGUAACCACAACGGCUCUCCUUCGGAGAAUAUCAAUAUGAGCUUGGAUAUGUCUACCGGUUCUUCAAAGGAGUCACACAUCACUUUGACGAUUCCACCCGCGUUCAACAAAUACCAUGUUACUAUCAUUCACGGCAAUACCACUUCAAACUAUACUGUCAAUGGUGAAGCCGCUGCCUCUACACCUCAGCCUGCAAUGGAGGAGAUUCGAUAUAAUGUUGUCCAGGAACUUCUUGUGAAUCCGACAGAAAGCGAAAGUCAUUGAAGUGGGAAUCGAUGCGUUGAAUGUCAAGCGCAUACGAUGUGCAAAGCAGUCAUCUUUUGUUAAAGGACUGGAAGUGGGGUUGUAGUCGAUAUGAUCCCACGGUUUAUACGGAAUAUACAAAUUCUAAUAGAUUAUCACCAGUGAAGGAGUUUUUUGAUCACAAAUCAGUUCAACGCAUAUCUCGAUUUUGAACAUUCAACAUCACUCUUUCAAGCUUUUUACCAUUUCUUUGGGUCUUCAGAAUCAACAUCUCCAUGUACUACAAUUCUUUUUCUUGCGCAUGUGGGCAAUCCAAUUAUGUGUGUGAUUUUACUUAAUCAAGCGCCACAAGGACGUAUCUCUAGUUCUACGCAUCUUGUUUUUUUCUCAACAAAAGUAUUCCCGACAGCCAGAGAUUGAGUAGGACCUUAGUGACACUUUCUUUAAUGGGUGGUGUUACUUGGAAUACGGAAAUUGGCGGAGAUUGAACCGUAUCCGAUUGAAGGAAGUUAUGUUUAACCUGAUGAACCCCCUUUCCUCAAUUUGAUGCACUUGG